AUGGUUGGGAAAUCAGUGCUCUACGUGUUGGCUAUUGCCAGUGCAGGAGUCGCGCAAACAACUACCUAUCAAGCAGAGUCCGCAACACUAUCUGGUGUCACGGUUGGAACCUCGGUCGCCGGCUUCUCAGGAACCGGCUACAUAGAAGGCUUCGACACAUCCACCGACUCCAUCACCUUCACCAUAAACAGCACCACCUCCCAGCUCUACGACCUCAGCAUAAUCUACAACGGCCCCUAUGGCGACAAAUACACCUACAUAGUCCUCAACAACGCCGGCGGCUCCCAAGUAUCCCUCCCCGCCACCACGGCCUGGACCACCGUCCCCGCAGGCCAAGUCCUCCUCGCCGCGGGCUCCAACAGCAUCCAGAUCCAAAACAACUGGGGCUGGUACCUGAUCGACGCCAUCGCGCUCUCGCCCAGCGCGCCCCGCGCCCCGCACCGCAUCACCCCCACGCCCGUCACCCCCAACGCCAACAGCGACGCCAGCGCCCUGCUCGCCUACCUCGCCAGCGUCUACGGCUCGCACAUCCUCGCCGGCCAGCAGGACCCCGCCUCCCUCGCCUGGGUCACCCAGAACAUCGGCAAGACCCCCGCUGUCCUGGGCGUCGACUUCAUGGACUACACCGCCUCGCGCACCUCGCGCGGCGCCGUGUCCUCCGACGUCGACAGCGCGCUUGCCUUCGCGCAGCAAGGCGGCAUCGUGACUUUCUGCUGGCACUGGGGCGCGCCUGCCGGCCUGUACGACACGCCCGAACAUCCCUGGUACAGCGGCUUCUACACCGACGCCACGGACUUCGACGUCGCGGCCGCGCUCGCCGACCCCGCGGGCGCGAACUACACGCUGCUGAUGCAAGACAUCGACGCCAUCGCCGCGCAGCUGAAGAAGCUGCAGAGCGCGGGCGUGCCGGUGAUCUGGCGGCCGCUGCACGAGGCCGAGGGCGGCUGGUUCUGGUGGGGCGCGCGGGGGCCCGAGCCCGCGAAGCAGCUGUGGCGUGUUCUGUACGAGCGCCUGACGAAUGUGCACGGGCUGCGGAAUCUGGUCUGGGAGUGGAAUAGCGUGGCGCCGGAGUGGUAUCCCGGGGAUGAUGUGGUGGAUCUUGUGAGCGCGGAUACGUAUGCGCAGGGGGAUCAUGGGCCUAUCUCCGCCACGUAUAAUAAUCUGCUCGCGCUCACGAACGACACGAAGAUCAUCGCCGCGGCGGAAAUCGGGUCUGUUAUGGAUCCCGCGCAGCUGCAGGCUUACCAGGCCGACUGGGUGUACUUCUGUGUCUGGAGCGGGGACUUCAUUCAAGGCGGCACGUGGAACAGUGUGGAGUUCCUCAAGAGCGUGUAUAGCAGCGAGUAUGUGCUUACGCUUGACGAGAUCCAGGGAUGGAAGAGCGGGAAUGCAUCGUCGUUGAUUCGGGGAAAGGCGAGGUAGAAAGACGGGCUUGGGAGGCUGUACAUAUGUACUUCGCUAUGUGGGAGUAGGCUAAGCAAG